ACAAACCUUCAAAAACAAAGAAAAAAAAAAAGAUGAAAGUAUAGAGCACGAAAAAAAAAAGCACACAGUAAAAAAAGUAAAGAAUAUCAAAAGAAAAAUUAUAUUAAAAUUAAUUAGGACAUUAUAAAAUAAACAAUAUGAAAAGAAAAAUUAUAUUAAAAUUAAUUAGGACAUUAUAAAAUAAAAUUAAUUAGCAUCUUGUGAUUUCACCACCCUUUCAAUAUUAGUACCGUAAUAACUAUAUUUGGCUUACCGUGUAGGCUGCGUAUAAAUGAUCACGCAAAAAUUCUUUCCGACAAAAACGCAGAGAACCGUACAAACACCUCUCCCCGGAGAAGAGUGCCCAACGUCGAUUUAGAGAGAGAAAGAGGGUAGAGAGAAACUUCAGACACGUCCCAGAUCUAGGGUUUGUCACCCCUAAAUUCGGUCGCCUGGUUCAAGGAAGAUUGAGUUGUUCAUCGUUCAAUUUUGUUCUCAAAUGUCGCCUUAUAGAUAUGAGUUGUUAAUUUUGCAUUAGGGUUCUAAAUUUCGAAUGGAGGGUAGAGAAAAAUAAGUGGAGGAUUAGGAAUUGGUUCGAGACCGUUGAUCGAAUGUCGUCAAAGCUUUCGCCGGUAUCGUCUCCUCCUCCUUCUUGUUGUUCGGGUGGUGGUGGUGUUGGUCUCGGUGUCAAUUAUAUUGAACACCAGGUUUCUAAGAUGGAUACACUCGCUGGCAUUGCAAUCAAAUACGGUGUUGAGGUGGCUGACAUUAAAAGGAUAAAUGGCCUGGUGACAGAUCUUCAAAUGUUUGCACUCAAGUCACUGUACAUACCAUUGCCAGGGAGGCACCCGCCAUCUCCCAUUAUGUCAAAUGGAAUUGAUGCUGCCGGGCCGAGCAGCACGGAACAAACCUCACCCAGCCAGAGGCACAUCAAUUUUAUUGAAUCAUUUCAGACACUCAAAUUAAAUUCAUCUUCUCAGCGAAAGGUUUCUCAAGCCAUGAGCAAUUUACAGAGGCAUUAUGGUCUAUCAACAGAUAAAGAAACUGCAUCAGAAGAGCUUGAAAUGGCCGUCCUUCGGAAAGGAAGUGCUCAUUAUUUAGAGGAUGGACCAUUUGCUGAACGUUCUCCUCUUUUUAACUCCCCUCUAAAUUCUCAUGGAAAAUUUAAAAGCUCAGUUAAUCGUUUCUUGUCAGAGAACGGUAAAAUGGCCAAUGACGGGUCAGUAGCAGAAGCUACAGAUGGUAACUCUGAUAACUGGAAUGAUAAGUCGUUCAGAAGGUGUCAGAAAUCUGAUGCCGACUUUACUUCCCGUACCCCAGAAAUGCUACUGAAGGAUGAUAACAGCAGUGGUGGUAGUUUUUUGGCUAUUAAUGGAAAGGGUUUAGCCCUGAGGCCCAAGACAGCCAACCGAACCGCUUUAGGGUCAGAUGCGGAAGGAGGUUCGUCAAACCCCAUUCCUGCAGCUGUGGGGAAUUUUCUUGUAAAUGAUCACUUAAAUGGAGUAAGGAAGUCCUCAAGUACAUCAAGUUUGCAGGAUAAAGACACUAGUACGGCUUCCAUCUGGCCAACAUCAAAAUGGAGUUUGAAGACAGAUUUUCAGGUCCUUUCUGCUGCAGCCAUGAAAAGGCCAAUCUUUGAUGGCUUCCCGAGUGCAAUAACGGGUCGAAGGAACAAAGCUGCACUUGAUUAGUAAAGUAUCUUCAACUGAUCCAAUUUUUACUCAAUUCAUUUUGUUUCAUACUUCAUCAGGCCAACUAUCAUUAAGGGGAGAGAGAGGAGGAGAACGAAAACUCGAGAAGUAAAACACUUCAUAGAUCUUUUUUUUGAUAUAGUCAUUUUCCCGCCAGAAAAAUGUUCUACACUAUUCUUUGUGGAUAUUGUACUACGAGCCAGAAGUGGAGGACUGGGAGAAGUGGAGCAAUGUGUGCUUCGAGUGCAUCCCACAAAACCUUUGCUUCUGAUAGGUUUUGUUCAGAGCUCUUUUUGUCAUUUCCAAACCUCAUAGAGAAUGUAUAUUUCAUAUUUAUAUCUCUUUUGUUUGGAAAUGCCGGAAAGGAUGUUGUAAUAUAUGUAUAUGUAUAUGUUUUACUUUUAUUUUUAUUUUUAUUCAGCUUUGUUUCU